AUGAUAGCCAAGAUGCUUCAAAAUGUUGAAUCAACAGAUGCAAGAGUUAAAGAAAUGAGGGUGCUAUUGCAACCAGAUAUUUGGUUCAAAAAAAGAAGUCCUGGUGCUUUCACAGUUCCAUACAACGUUGGGUCAAUCAAGUUUGCCAAAGCGUUGUGUGAUCUAGGAACUAUCAUAAAUUUGAUGCCAUUACCCGUCUAUGAAAAGUUUGGUUUGGGAAUGCCAAAACCUACAACAAUAAGAUUGAUGAUGGUUGACAUGUCAGUUAAGCGACCAGUGGGAAUCUUGUGCAAUAUUUUUGUUAAGGUGGAUAAAUUUAUCUUCCCAGAAGAUAUUGUUAUCCUGGAUUGUGAAGUAGAUUUUGAAGUGCCUAUAAUUCUGGGAAGACCAUUUUUAGCUAUAGGAAGAGCUUUGGUUGAUGUUGAGCGAGGUGAGUUGAAUUUUAGACUAAAUUCAUAA